AUGCCUGACAUCACAUCGUUACCGAGCCAUCCUCCAGAGGCUGACAGUGGCCCCGAUGCCAUUCCCUGCCACCCACUGGGUGUCAAACCAAGUGGCAAUGCUCUUCUGGCGGCCACCCACAGCUUACGUGACGCGAUCGGGGCAUUUCAACGACUACCCGAUGAUCUGAUUCUGCUGUCGCUGGAGGUCUUGGAUGGGGCCAGUCUGCUGCAGAUUGGACAAACUUGUAAAGCCUUCUAUGCAUUUACUCGGGCAGAGGAGUUGUGGAAGGCGCUCUUUGUGCGGUCUCCGAGAGAAUCAUUUACAUGGCGAGGAACAUGGCGUUCCACAUACCUCAACCUCCCGGCUUCAAAGGUACCGAUGAUCGAUUGUUCCCAAUUAUUCUCAGAUGCCUUAUACCGGCCCUUUAACUGUGCUCAUGUGGCACUAGAGCCAUAUGUCACGAAGAUACCUGCGAGAAAUCAAAUCACCCGUCUACCGGAUAUGUCGCUUGAUGAAUUCCAUACAAACUGGACAGACCGCCCCUUCAUCCUCACAGAACCCGUCAAGGCCUGGCCCGUAUACAAGAACUGGACCGUGGGGACAUUGCUAGCGCGCCAUGGCCAGACCCAGUUCCGCGCCGAGGCCGUCGACUGGACAUUGCGCACAUAUGGCGACUAUAUGGCUGACAAUGCCGACGAAAGUCCACUGUACCUGUUCGACCGGGCCUUCGUCUCGAAGAUGGGGCUCUCAGUCGGUCCACCCAAGGACACACCCGAUGCCGCCUACUGGCCCCCACCCUGCUUCGCGGAAGAUCUGUUUUCAGUGCUGGGCGAAGACCGACCCGAUCGCCAGUGGCUGAUCAUCGGACCAGAGCGCUCGGGCAGCAAGUUCCACAAAGACCCCAACGCCACCAGUGCGUGGAAUGCCGUGCUGCGCGGCCCAAAGUACUGGAUUAUGUUCCCGCCCAGCGGCAAGCAGCCCCCUCCACCGGGUGUGUUCGUGUCCGAGGACCAGAGCGAAGUGACCUCGCCGCUGAGUAUUGCCGAGUGGCUCCUGGGCUUCCACGCCGAGGCUCGACGCACGCCGGGCUGCGUGGAGGGCAUCUGUGGCGAGGGCGAGAUCUUGCACGUCCCUUCUGGGUGGUGGCACCUGGUGGUGAACCUGGAGCCUUCGAUUGCUAUCACGCAAAACUUCAUUCCCCGGGCUCAUCUUACCUCUGCGCUGGACUUCUUGACCAAUAAGCCCGAUCAGAUUUCCGGUUUUCGGAAAGAUGUUGAGGAUCCAGCACAGCGGUUUGUCAGUCGCAUGCGCGAGUCCUACCCAGAUCUGUUAGACCAGGCGCAGGAGGAACUGCAGAAGAAGGCCGAGGGGAAGAAGCGCAAAUGGGAAGAUAUUGUCCACGGGAAACCAGAUGACCCUAAUGAACAAAGCGCUGAAGGCGGGUUCAGCUUUGGGUUUGGAGAUGACGGGAGCGAUGUUGAAGUCCCAUAG